CAGCGGAGGAAAGAGCUCAGAUGCGGGAGGGCGAUGGCCGGAGCAUUACUGCUAUCGCUUCUGCUCGCUUCCGAGUUGGGAGCCGCCGAAGUCUUCACAAACUCCUUCUACGUGAGGCUCAGGGGUGACCCCGGGCCUCAAGAGGCCGACAAGCUUGCCCUCAGAACCGGCUUUCACAACUACGGCCCAGUUUUGGGUUCUUCUAAUGAAUUCCAUUUUGUACACCGAGGCCUAGCUGGGGCCAGGCCGAAGCGAAGCAUACCUCACAUGCGCCGGCUCAAGGUGGACCCAUUGGUCCACAUUGCGGUACAGAUGCCAGGCUUCAAGAGAGUGAAGCGUGGUUACAAGCCGCUGAGGGUUGAGAAUCUCGUUCCGGACAUGAAGCCCGAGAGGGACCCAACUGAUCCAUUCUUCCAGUUCCAAUGGUACCUCAAGAACACCGGCCAGAACGGAGGGAAGGCCAAAUUGGACCUCAACGUGGAAGCAGCCUGGGCACAAGGUGUCACAGGAAAAAAUGUCACUACAGCCAUAAUGGAUGACGGUGAGUGA